AUGUCGGCCCCGGGGCCACAGGUCUUGGCCCGUAGGUCCAACGGCGUCUCUCAGGCUGCCGAAGGCAAAGGCAAGGCAUCGUCGGGCGAAGCCAGCGGAUCCAGGCCACCCAGGGCUAAAGGCUCUGGAGAUAGGAACACCGACUCGACUAAGGCACGUAACGCGAGCGGGACGGAGCCUUCGAGACGCUCGAAGCCCAGGGUUCACGAUGAAGGCGAGAAGCUCGUGAUUCGACGUUUGCCGCCCGGCAUGACCGUGGCCGAGUUUGUUGCCAUCCUCGGCCCUGACUGGGAAGUCAACAAGGGCAAGGUCGACUGGCUGUCGUACAGCCCCGGCAAGGUCUCAACAGACCCCUCGAAGCCGUCACGUCCCAGCCGUGCAUACCUCCAUCUGGUGCGCAAGGACGAUAUCAUGGCACUCGGCCAGAUCGUUCGCACCGCGACGUGGGAAGACGCCAAGGCGACCUUCACCAACCCUUCGCUGGUGGGGCCUCCGUCGCUUGAGUUCUCCCCAUACAAGAAGAUCCCGGGCAGCAAGCGACGCACAGAUCCCCGUCAGGGAACCAUCGACCAGGACCAAGAGUUCAUGACCUUUCUGGAGGCUCUCGCCAAUCCAGCCCCGCUUCGCGAGAGCAUCGAUGUUGAGGAAGCCGACGAGGUCAAGGAGGAAACCAAGGUCACAACUACCCCGUUGGUCGAAUAUCUGAAGGAGAAGAAGGCGAACAAGAGCAAGGACUCUGGAAAGAACGCCAAGUCAUCCAAGAAAGGCGGUUCCAAGGACGAGGACUCCAAGAAGAAGUCCAAGGAUCCCAAGGCCGACAAGUCCGAGAAAGCACCGAGAGAGACAGUCAAGAUCCUGAGCAAGAAGGCGGCCACGGAACAAGCUGCCGAUGCGGCCAAGAACGUUGCCAGCCAAAUCUCCGCCGCCGGUGCCGCAGACGCCCCGAAGAGCCGCCGCGCAGGCAUUGCCGCUGCCGCGAGAAUUUUGCAACGAGACUUGGGCCUGAGUCCCGGCAGCGCCCAUCGGCGAGCUAGGCACGACGCCGCGAAGGCCGAAGCCGAUUCCAAGGCGCCAUCGGCCAAGGACAGCCCGGCUUCCGCAAGCGACACCGCUCCAGCGCCCGCAGACUCGACUCCCCAGCCGCCAAGAAGUCGACCCGACAGCCCGGUGGCCUCGAAGGCCUCGCAACAGUCCGGACGCAGAGCCCGCGGGGGUAAAAGCGCCGAGAAGGGCAAAGCCGCCGAGGCUUCAUCUUCAGCUUCACAGCCCGCGCCAACGACCGCGCCGGUUAUUCUGAAGAAAAAGGUUGACGCCGAGGUAGCAACGCCUACUGCCGACAGUCAGACAACAGCAGCCCAGGCACCGAACGGCAAAUCAACAGGCGCUUCUUCUACCAACGCCAAGGGUGCUAACAGCAAGGCCGCUGCUCCGCAGAAGAAGGCGUCAGGCGUGUCUCCCGGCGCGACACGCGCGUUUAUCAAGCACGCCAGCGCAUCCCAAGGCGUCACCGAUGCCUCACUUAGGCAAGCCCUCGAGGCCUACGGCUCCGUUACAUCUAUCGACAUGGACAAGCGCAAAGGCUUCGCCUAUGUCGAUUUCGCAGAGCAUGAAAGUCUCGUCAAAGCCGUGGCCGCGAGCCCCGUGCAGGUUGCCCAGACAUCAGUCCAGGUUCUCGAACGCAAGGACAAGAAGCCGGCCGCCACCUCCUCUGGUGGUCCGCCAUCGUCUACGAACCCAGAGAAGGGAUCUGGACGUGGUCGUCGAGGCAGGGGCGGUGGCGGUGGCAACAAGUCGGGUGGACAGGGCAACGCUCAGGCUACUGCGGCUGCUGCUGCGACAGCUGCCAGUACAGGUGGCUGA